ACAUUCCUCCUCCACAACUAUCUCCAAACCCUUUCCUCAACUGCAGGACUGUCAUUUUGAAGUUACUUCUCACGCGCCCCUCGUCCAAUCGCUGCCAGCCACCGCCGCCAUGCAGCUCACCACGCUCUUCGUUGCCGCGCUGAGCGCCGUCUCUGUCUCCGCCUCGCCUUCGUGGAUGGGAGGCGACCAAGUCGUUGUAAAGGAAGAGUACAAGGUGCCGGGCGAUAACCCACUGUACUUUUGCGGCAACCCGGCCGAUGACAUCCUUACCAUCGAGAAGGUCGACCUUAGCCCCAACCCUCCCCAGCCUGGGCAGACGCUCAGCAUCAAAGCCACGGGAAACUUCAAGCAGGAGGUUGGCGAGGGUUUUAAGAUGCACCUCCAGGUCAAGUAUGGCAUUAUCACGCUUAUCAACCAGAACGCCGAUGGAUGCGACACCAUCAAGAAGGGGGAUCUUGACUGCCCGCUCAAGAAGGGCGAAAUGAGCCUGACCAAGGAUGUUGAUCUGCCCAGGGAGAUUCCUCCGGGUCAAUACACCGUUCUUGCUGAUGUAUUCACGGAGGAUGGGGAAAAGAUCACCUGCCUCACCGCCAAGGUUGCAUUCCACCGGUAAAUGUCACCAAAUUUACUUGGACACCAUCACACACGACGAGCAACAACGGUGUCUGAUAUUCAACGAUGCAGAGGAGGGACGGAGGAGAAGACUGCCAACAGUGGUGGCAACAUCAAGUUUGGUGAGCCACGAGUGCAAAUGUCUGGACCCUUAGCAGACAUGGUGCGGGAGCGGUUACGACGAAGGAACGAGCUGUGAGAAUGAUACGAGCUAUUCAUUUGGUAAACGCGCAAUGUCAGUGCUGUAUUGGGUUUGGCGCAUGGUUUGGAUUUGUUGUCAAGUUUCUGGGCCACGCUUAAUGUAGAUAUGAUUGAUAUGCAUCCGUGUAUGGCAUUUUGGGCUGUUUCAACUUGAUGGAUAUCAUUCCUCAACUAUUUCUACGUGAUAUGCA